AUGAACAUUUCUCUCUCUCUCUUUCCCUUUCUUUCUGUCUGUGUUUUUGACACACACAAACCUUACGUUUUCUCUUUUUUAUUUCUUUCCUUUUUAUCCAUAUUGUCUUUCUUCGUUAACUCUUUCUUUUUUCACAUUUCUACUCCCACUACCCCUGUUUCCUUUUCUCUGUCCUUUUCUGAAUAUUACUCUCUUCUCUUUUCUCCCCCUCUCUCUCUCUCUCUCUCUCUCUCUCUCUUUGACAUACACAAACCUUACCGUUUCUAUGUUUUCGUCUCUUUCCUUUUUAUCUGCGUGACUGCUCGAUUGUCUUCCCUCUUUUACUCCCUCUCUGUCGUUUGUUCUAUUUCUUUCGCUCUUUCUCCUUUUUUAAAUCUUCUUUCCUAUUUUGUUCUUUUUUCUUUCUUCCUCUCUUUCCUUUUUAUGCCUGUGACUGCUCGCUUUUCUUCCUUUUUUAUUUAUUUUCUCUUCAUUACUCAUCUCUCUCUCUCUCUCUCUCUCUCUCUCUCUCUCUCUCUCUCUCUCUCUCACGUCUCCAAGAAUUCAGCGAAAAGAGAAACGAUUUCCUGA